AAAUAGAUCUUCAUCAAGUUCAUCACAUCAUAGACAGAAAGUGGCUGAUGAGUGCAUUAUGUGUCAUGAAUAAAUGCGGGAAAGAAGCGUUUUUAAAAUGGCAGAUGAUUUUGAUAAAGAAGCUCCGGAUGUAAUGAUGAAUCAAAUCAUAACGGAAAACCCGCUUGAGUUUUCUGUAAUAGUUAUAAAAAAAGAAGUCCUCAAUUUUUAUGACAGUGAAUUUGAAUCUACAACAAGUUCAGUUCAAGAUAGAAAACCAUAUUUGCAAGAGGAUAUUAUACCAAAUACCUUUGAAGCUCUAAGCUCAGAAAUCCCUGACAACGAAAUAUAUCGAGAUAAACUUCUCAACUCCAACAAAAUUAUACUUGGGUCUAAGCCGAACUUAGUUUCCGAUGAUGAAUACCAUUGUGAAAAUUCUGAUAAACUUUAUCCGGAAAAUGAUGUGUCCUUCGCAAAUGAUUCAAAACUGCAUCCAGAUUCAAUAGAUGAAAACUAUUUUGAAGAGUUGGUAACAUCUUACGAACCAAAGGUUGAGUUGCUUGAUAUACAGUCUUAUUUACACAAAUCGAGAAGAUAUUGUGCCACUUGUGGAAUUUUAUUCCCAGAACUUAAGGCUUUUGAGAAGCAUGUACGAAUAUAUCACAAAGCGAGUGACUUAAAUAAACGACGUAUAUAUAAAUGCACAAUUUGCGAUAAAAAAUUCGUUGCGCGUCAAGUCUUAAAAAAACAUAUAAGUAAUAUUCAUAAAUUGAAUAAUGUAAAAAUAUUACAAAGAUCAAGAUACAGACGUGUCUUGGAUCAAACGAUGCGCCAACAUAGAUGCACUAUUUGUGCCAAAAAAUUUGUUGCACCUCAUGUAUUAAGAACGCAUCUUACAAAUAUUCAUAAAAUUAAUUAUGCGGGAGUUCCACAUGAAAAAAAACAAAAUACCAUACACAAUACUACGAAGGAGUUAGAUAGUCAAAAUGUGAACCAUGAUAAAACUUUGGGAUCGAGUAAUACAUGUUUUCAUUGCAAGAAAACAUUUGAUACACAGAAGUGUCUAAUUGAACACUUGUACGACGUUCUACAGAUGAAAAGAAAAAAUACAGAAAUUGUUCCAGUAUUGAAGUCAAUUUUGUUUAAAUGCAAUAAAUGUGACAUCAAUUUUACUUCGUCGCAAUUUGCAGCAAACCAUGCUGAGCAUAUGGAAAUGUUAAUUAAUUGGAAGUGUACUAUCUGUAAUCGAAUAUUCAAACAAGAAGAUGCUUUAAGUCACGAAAGACAGCAUUCGGUUUCGAACAACUUCUUAGUAUACAACUUGGAAGAUCUAGAUGUCACUAGAAUUUUAUACAAGUGUUCUAAAUGCGCAGUACACUUUACUGAAAGUAACUUUCUUUAUCAUUUCCGAGACUGUGGUCUAGAAGUUUCAGAAUCUGUACACUGCAAAAUUUGUAACAUGUCACUGGAUUACAACAUAAUAACCUCUCAUGAAUCUGAAAAUCAUACAGAACCUAACUAUUAUACAAUUAUCGAAAGUGAUGUAAUUUCGGAUAGCCCGGUUAAGUUGACAGCAAAUAAAUAUCAAGCAAAGGAUAAUUUACAAGAAUUAAGUAAGCCGUUUCGGAAUGUAAAAGUGGUUUUACAAAGAAUCAAUUCGAAUAAAGUCAACAAAUCUAAUUCUGUAAAAUGGUCAUCCGAUGAAUCUCUCAGCGACUUGGAAUCUAGUUCUUACGAACAAACAAGUAAUUCGCCGCAAAAACUGCAGAAAGAUAACAAUACCUAUGGAUUAUGUUCAACUACAGAAACUACAGCAAGAAACCAAAAGAAGAUUGAUUUGCGCCGAGAGCAUAAUCUAACAUAUUACUACUGCCAGACUUGUAAAUGCUUCGUAAGCAGAUUAAAGAAAAAAGUCCACUUAGAAGCACGUUGUAAAAAAAUUACCAAAAAGACUUGCAAACAAUGUGGUCUUACGUUCACUGCUGCGUCUUUGAUGACACACAUAAGUCUACACAAGGAAAGGAAAGACUUAACAUUGAGGAGUUUUAAAUUCUUUAACCUGCACAACGGGCAACCCAUAAAUCCUGCCAUGCCUGAAUUUGAAAAUACAAAGCAACUGCAGAAAGAUAACAAUACCUAUGGAUUAUGUUCAACUACACUAAAGAUGAAUGCAUAUUACGACCUGUGA